ACCUUAAAAGUUUGAUUUAUUGAUUUACGAGAAUAUUGAUUUAUUUAUAUUUACAAUUGUGUUUAUAUUUUUGGUUGGUUCAUGUUCAAUCUGCUUCAGUUAACAUUCGCGGACCAGUUAAAAAACAAUUUGUAGUUUUUUCUUAACACAUCUACGCGACUCAUCAGGCAUCUUCAAUCAAUAGUAAAAUAUUAGAUUUUACUAACAAUGUUACAGCUGUUCUAAUAUUUUCCGGUAAAAGUCAAUGACCAAUAGGAUAAAUCUAUCUCGACCUAUUUGCGUACAUAUUUAAAGAACUCUUUCUACUUUACUGAUGCCCUGGAAACAGUAGCAUUUAGUUCGUAUUCAAUUUUUAUGGUUGUUGUGUUUCCUAUUUCUGUUGACAACGAGACCAACUAAACGUUGAAAUGGCAGUCCACAUGCAGAAUAUUGGUAAGAUGAUAACGGAACAGCUGCGGAAUCCUAAUGAGCUAGAUAUCAAUUUAAGAAUGGAAUUUGGUCCAUUUGAAACGGUACAUAAAUGGAAACGCAUGUCGGAGUGCUAUGAGUUUGUUGGAGCCAGACGGAGCAAACAUACAGCAGUAGCAUAUAAAGAUGCUAUCUAUGUAUUUGGCGGUGAUAACGGAAAGUCCAUGUUAAAUGAUCUGAUUAGAUUUGAUAUCAAAGAAAUGUCCUGGACUAAAACAGGCUGUAUGGGCACUCCUCCAGCACCAAGAUAUCAUCAUUCUGCUGUGGUUCACAUGUCUUCAAUGUUUGUGUUUGGAGGCUAUACUGGAGACAUACUCGCCAAUUCCAACCUGACAAAUAAAAAUGACCUAUUUGAAUACAAGUUUCCUAGUGCUCAGUGGGUGCAGUGGAGAUUUACUGGCCCGGAGCCCGUGCCAAGGUCAGCGCACGGGGCGGCGGUGUACGACGACAAGCUCUGGAUCUUCGCGGGCUACGACGGAAACGCACGACUUAAUGAUAUGUGGACGGUCAACUUAGUUGGUGAGAAUCGUCAAUGGGAGCGCGUGGAGCAGAAGGGGCAGUGUCCGCCGACGUGCUGCAACUUCCCGGUGGCGGUGGCGCGCGGCAAGAUGUACGUCUUCAGCGGACAGAGCGGCGCUAAGAUCACCAACGCACUCUUCCAGUUCGACUUUGAAACACAUACUUGGAGUCGUAUCUGCACAGAGCACCUGCUGCGCAGCGCGGGCCCGGCGCCGGCGCGGCGCUACGGGCACACGAUGCUGGCGCACAACCGGCACCUGUACGUGUUCGGCGGCGCCGCCGACAGCACUAUGCCCUCCGACGUCUACUGCUUCGACCUCGACACGCAGAUGUGGGCGAUGAUCCAGCCGGCGGCGGAGUCGCAGGUGCCGUCGGGGCGGCUGUUCCACGCGGGCGCGGUGGUGGGCGACGCCAUGUACAUCUUCGGCGGCACUGUCGACAACAAUGUCCGCAGCGGGGAACUGUACCGCUUCCAGUUGUCGAACUACCCUCGCUGCACGCUGCAAGAGGAUCUGGGCCGCAUCCUGCGCUCGGAGCAGUUCUGCGACGUGAUGCUGCUGGUGGGCGAGGAGCCUGCAGCUGUACUGGCGCACCAGGCACUCCUCGCCGCGCGCUCCACCUGUCUGCGUGAUAAGAUCAUGGAAGCUCGUGAGGAGCUGUCAGCGCGCGUUGCGGCGGGUGAGGCGAAGGCCCCGGAGCCCUACAACUACCAGGGCAAGCCCGACCUCGUCAUACACCUGCCCGAGGCCAGGCCUGAGGCCUUCCGCAUGGUGCUCACCUACAUAUACACUGAUAGGAUCGAUCCCACUGAGAGACUGAUGGAGGAGCGGCCCGCGUCCGACGACACCAUCCAGCUGGUGAUGGAGGUGCUGCGGCUGUCGCUGCGGCUGCGCAUCCCGCGGCUGUGCGGCCUGUGCGCCGCCUUCCUGCGCGCCAACCUCUGCCUCGGCAACGUGCUGAAGGCGCUGCACGCCGCGCACCUCUCCAACCUCUGCUGCAUCAAGGAGUACUGCUUACGGUUUAUAAUAAAGGACUACAACUUCACGCCGAUCGUGAUGUCGAAGGAGUUCGAGCAGAUGGAGCGCAACCUGAUGGUGGAGAUCAUCCGGCGCCGCCAGCAGCCGCUGCCGUUCAAGCCGCCCGCCGGCGACGCCGCUGACGAUGCUCUGGCAGGUACGACGCUGGAGCAGGACCUGUGCAUGUUCCUGUCGGGCGGGGCGGAGCUGAGCGACGUGACGCUGCGCGUGGGCGGCGUGUCGCGGCCGGCGCACCGUUCCAUACUGGCCGCGCGCGCUGCCUACUUCGAAGCCAUGUUCAGAUCAUUCUCGCCCAGGAAUAAUAUCGUUAACAUUCAAAUCUGCGACUCCGUGCCGUCGGAGCCGGCGUUCGACUCGCUCCUGCGCUACAUUUACUACGGCGAGACUAACAUGCCUACUGAAGAUUCGCUAUAUCUCUUCCAAGCUCCCAUAUACUAUGGGUUCACAAACAACCGUCUACAAGUGUUCUGCAAACACAACCUGCAGACCAACGUGUCCCCGGAUAAUGUGCUCGCGAUCCUGCAGGCGGCGGACAGAAUGCACGCCACAGAUAUAAAGGAAUAUGCGCUUAAAAUGAUCGCACACCAGUUCGCUGUGGUGAGUCGCAAUGUGGCUCGUCAAGAAGCUAUCAAGAAUCUGGCUCAGCCAUUGCUAGUUGACAUUGUGUUGACCUUAGCUGAAGAAGGUAAGUUCGAUAUUCCUGCACAGACGCAGCCCCGGUGUGCCCUCGCACCUUCCACAUCAGCAGAGCCCAUCAUAUAAGUAUCAGAUUCACUCUGAUUAUGUAAGGAAUUGGAAACUCAAAGGUGCUGGUAAGACAUGAAGUUAAGAUUAAUAAAUAACAAUGGAUUUGAAUGGAAAUGUUAAGCAUGUCAUAAGUAACAAGAUGAAAAAAAAUGAUAAAAAAAAACAUUCUUUUAUGAAAGUUGAUUGAAGAAAUUGUUUUUUUUUUUAAGUAAAUACGAAUGUAAAGGCACUCUAAAUAUUUAAUAUUGUCACUGUUAUGUACAUUAUGUUAAAUUAAUAUAGUCGCAAAUUACUAUUCUCUAUAAUAUUGAAAACUAGCAGCCUUACAAAUAAAUGCGGUAAAAAUUUAAGCGGAAUGAACUGAGCAAAGUAUAUGUUUUCCCAUUAACAUAUUGGGAAUGGGUGUUAGUGUUGUGUUUUGCUUCAACAAAUAAUUUGAACAAAACCUUAUAUAUCAAUAUUUUUGUGCCAAGCACUCUGCUAAUAGUAAAGGACUGUUCCUGCAUUUAUUAUGUAAUUUUAGCACUAGAAUUUAUAAAGAAUAUAUCUACAGCCAGUUAUAAACCUUCAGUUAUCCAGUAUAUUAAGACUGAAGGUGAACUAAAAUUUACUAUUUAAAUCGCAGAUUAGUUUAGUAUAUAGAUUUUUUAAUUAUAUUAUUGUAAAUACUUCUGCACACAUGAAAGAUUUAUGUUCCUAAUUUAGUGUUUAAUACUGUAAUUUACCAAGCUCUCUAUAAUUGGAAUAAUGACUUUUAAAUACACAAUCUACAUUAAAUUCAUUUCAUACAAAAAAGCCUGUAAAAUAAAUGUAAUAUUUCAUAAAAUAGUAACAAUAAGUAGAAAUUAACCAUAAUAAAGUAUGCAUUUGACAUUUCAAGAUUUAAAUAUAAAAAGGUGAAUAUUAGAUCAGGAAUAUGUAAAAUGGCACUAGUCGCUAUUAUUAAGUGUUUUUCAAUGUAAUAUUAAAUAAAACAUUUUUUUAGUUAUUUA